UCGUUACAAGGGACGAAAUGAAAUCUUUUGUUGUAGCAUUUUUUUGUUUAGUUUGCCAACUGAAAUACUUGUGCAACGGUGUUGAAGCUAGCUACUCAUCCGUUCUGCUAAAUGUCGAGUAUGAAACUUUCCCAAUCUCGAGAGGAGACGAGACACGCAUCUCGAGAGAAGAUGCAAGAUUUCACAAUACCCGACCUUAUAAGGAACUACCUCCGGCUCAGUUCACAUGGGGCGGUCUCUACCCUCGAGACACCGCCACUCGCGAGGUCAAGUCUUUGGACGGAAUUUGGAACUUCAGACUCAGUCCCAAAGAUGACCCUGACAAGGGCUUCAGGGAAGAAUGGUACAGCGCCCCACUCGCGAGCUCUGGUAACGUUAUUGCAAUGGCCGUGCCAAGCAGCUACAAUGACGUCACUCAGGACAAAGACUUGAGGGACCAUGUGGGGUGGGCUUGGUACGACACUUUCUUCAUGACGCCUAGACGCUGGUUGGAAGACGGCGAGCGUGUGCUGGUGCGGUUGGGAUCUGUUCACUACAGUUGUGUGGUGUACGUGAACGGCGUUGCUGUAACGGCCCACGAAGGAGGACAUCUUCCAGUGCUUGCUGAUGUUACAUUAGCAGUCAAGCCAGCUGGCCAAGCGAAUCUCUUAACAGUGGCUGUCAAUAACGUCCUCACCAACGAGACCAUUCCGCAGGGCGAGAUACAAUACAAGACAGACGAGACUAUGUAUCCACCUGGAUAUUUCAUCCAACAGUACGAUUUCGACUUUUUCAACUAUGCUGGCAUCCAUCGUCCUGUGCUGCUGUAUUCCACACCUCAGAGCUACAUCGAUGACAUCACUGUCGUCACGGACGCUACAGGCACAACAGGAGUGCUGAACUUCACAGUCGAUUAUGUAGCUGCUGCAGGAGUGACCGACCUCUCGUGCUCUGUCGACGUCUUCGACGCGAACAUGUCUUCGGUGGCACAUGCCGACGCGUGUCAAGGGACAGUUACGAUUUCCAACCCUCAGCUAUGGUGGCCAUACCUAAUGAAUCCAAAACCUGGAUACUUAUACACACUCAGGGGUAGCAUCAAGGCGGCCGACGGAUCCUUGGUGGACCAAUACCCGGUCAAAGUAGGGCUUCGAGCACUGUCUUGGGGCGCCACGGGGAUUUCUCUCAAUGGCAAGCCGCUUUACAUCCAUGGCUGCGGCAAGCAUGAAGAUUCUGACAUCCGAGGUAAAGGUUUCGACCCAGCACUUGUGGUGAAGGACUUUUCGCUGCUGAAGUGGUUGGGAGCUAAUGCCUUCCGUACUUCCCACUACCCGUACGCCGAAGAGAUCAUGGACCAAGCUGAUGCCGAGGGCAUCAUGGUCAUCGAUGAGAGCCCAGCUGUCAAUUUGAAGACCUUCGACGAGACGUUAGCCUCGCGUCACUCGGAGGUGAUGCGGGAGCUUGUGAGGCGAGACAAAAACCGACCCGCCGUCAUCUCCUGGAGUCUCGCUAACGAACCCAGAAGCUACCAGGCUGAGGCUGCUUCUUAUUUCGCGAACGUGUCGGCCGCCACAAGGGCUGCUGAUGGCACCAGACCAUUGACUGCCGCCAUCAUCGUGCCGUACAAGGAAGAUCUCGCAGCGCCAUCCUUGGACGUAAUCUGGGUGAACAGGUACUACUCCUGGUACACAGACACUGGUCACCUGGAACUGAUACAGCAGCAGGUAGUCACGGACCUCACGCGAUGGUACAACAAGUACAACAAACCAGUGGGCAUCUCUGAAUAUGGAGCUGAUGCCUUACCUGGCUUACAUAUGGAUCCCGCGUACACGUGGAGCGAGGAAUAUCAGAUGCAGCUUUUCCUGGCCAACUUCGCAGCGUUCGAUGAGUUGCGUGGCAGCAGCGUUGCUUUCAUGGGCGAAAUGUUUUGGAACUUUGCCGACUUCAUGACAAAGCAAGACACUACAGCACCAGGCCGACCUGGAGGCAAUAAGAAAGGCGUCUUCACCAGAUCACGUCAGCCAAAACCCACGUCAUUCCUCAUCAGGGAUCGCUACCUCAGCUUGGCUUCAGGGAAGCAAAGUCCGCAAGAGUCCUGUCGCUGGUUCAAGUCAACACCUUGAUUCUUGAGUGUGGCUGGUCCCAUGAUCUGAUGGUCCGACACCAGGCAAUCAACCAAACUUAUUUUCAUCACUUGAUCCUACUAACACUUUUGUUGGGAAUAAA